CAAAAAAUCUUGCGGCUUCCUUCAACGUGUGUGUUACUGCGGGACCCUUCUGUAAUUGAGGUUGACACGCAGCGAGCGCCUUUCUCCAGAUUUUACGUGGAAAAACACCAGAAGAAAUGUCGCGAAGUAAAUCCGCGGAGGAGACUACCAAGCAGACUCGUAUUGCCAUCGUCAGCUCGGACAAGUGCAAACCCAAGAGAUGCCGACAGGAGUGCAAGAAGUGCUGCCCUGUUGUCCGGAUGGGGAAGUUGUGCAUCGAAGUGACCCCCAAUUCGAAGAUUGCUGCGUUGUCGGAGGAAUUGUGCAUAGGAUGCGGUAUCUGCGUGAAGAAAUGCCCCUUUGAUGCAAUUAUGAUCAUCAACAUCCCCAGCAAUCUCGAUCAGCACACCACGCAUCGCUACUCAAAGAACUCCUUCAAACUCCACCGGCUACCAAUUCCCCGUCCUGGCGAAGUUUUGGGGCUCGUCGGGCAGAAUGGAAUUGGCAAGUCCACGGCACUGAAGAUCCUUGCGGGGAAGCUGAAGCCCAAUCUUGGACGAUACAAUGAUCCACCCGAUUGGACAGAGAUCCUGGCUUACUUCCGCGGGUCGGAGUUGCAGAACUACUUCACAAAAGUCCUCGAGGACAGUCUGAAGGCACUGAUUAAGCCACAGUACGUUGAUCAGAUUCCCAAAGCCGUCAAGGGGACUGUUACGGAGCUCCUGGAGCGCAAGGAUGAGCGAAAGAAUCGUCAUGAAAUUGCCACACAGCUGGAUCUUCUCAAGAUUACUGAAAGAGAAAUUUCCGCUUUGUCCGGUGGGGAACUUCAGCGCUUCGCCAUUGCCAUGGUGUGCAUCCAGGAUGGGGAUAUCUUCAUGUUUGACGAGCCAUCCUCCUACCUGGACGUGAGACAGCGUCUCAAUGCUGCUCAGUGCAUCCGGAUGCUCAUUAGUCCGGAUAAAUUUAUCAUUGUCGUGGAACACGAUUUGUCCGUUCUUGACUACCUUUCGGACUUCAUUUGCUGCUUGUACGGCGUCCCCGGAUGCUAUGGCGUCAUCACGAUGCCCUUCUCCGUUCGUGAGGGCAUCAACAUCUUCCUGGAUGGCUUUGUACCCACGGAGAAUAUGCGCUUCCGCACGGAAUCGCUCACAUUCAAAGUUUCCGAAUCAGCAACGGAGGAAAUUAAGCGUAUGAACCACUACAUCUACCCGAAGAUGAUGAAAUCCCUGGGAGAGUUCAAUUUGACCGUGGAACAGGGACAAUUCAGCGAUUCGGAGAUUCUCGUCCUUCUCGGUGAGAAUGGAACCGGGAAAACCACCUUCAUUCGCAUGCUGGCUGGAAAUUUGGAACCCGAUGAGGGUUCCGGGAAGCUUCCUGUUCUCAACAUCUCCUACAAGCCACAGAAAAUCUCCCCACGGCAUCAGGGGCAUGUUCGGCAUUUGCUGGGUGAGAAGAUUCGCGACGCCUACGUGCAUCCGCAAUUCGUGGCGGACGUGAUGAAACCGCUGAAGAUUGAGGAUAUUAUGGAUCAGAAUGUGCAGGAUUUGUCCGGAGGAGAAUUGCAGCGAGUCGCAUUGACCAUUUGCCUGGGAAAACCAGCUGAUGUGUACCUCAUUGACGAACCCUCCGCCUAUUUGGACUCUGAACAGCGUCUCAUUGCCGCAAAAGUCAUCAAGAAGUUUAUUCUGCACGCCAAGAAGACGGGCUUUGUGGUGGAGCACGAUUUCAUCAUGGCAACCUACAUGGCUGACCGUGUGAUCGUCUUCGAGGGACGACCCUCCAUCAAUACAACGGCCCACACCCCACAAUCCCUCCUCAAUGGCAUGAAUAAGUUCCUGGAGCUGCUUGAGAUCACAUUCCGGCGCGAUCCCAACAACUUUAGGCCACGCAUCAACAAAAGCAACUCCGUCAAGGAUACGGAACAGAAGAAAGCGGGUCAAUACUUCUUCCUCGAAGAACCCUAAACCCUCUACUCUGCUCCCCCCCCUCCCCCCAUGCCAAGCCGAUUAGUUGUUUUUUCUUCUCCCCCUCUAAAAAAAAUCUUUCACAGUAAAUUUUCAAAUUGGUCGCGA